AUGGCGGGCUUUUUGAUCAUUAAGCUAAUAUUUCCAGCUCAGCUUGAAUACCCAGCUUGCACUUCUACUUCUGCCAGGUUGGCACAUAAACAAACAAUAGCAACAAUGUACUAUUGUAGGGCUGCUACCAACUAUAAUGUCCUCAAAGUUUAUAUAUACCUCUCCAUCAACCAUUUAUCAAGUGUGGGAGCAUCAAGAGAGAAAAUCAUCACCACCACCAUUGUGCUUCAUAAGUUGGUUAUCCAUCUCAAAGAAACUAGGACUCUUCAUCUAUUUUGUCAAGAAGAAAUGGACUAUAAUGAUACAUUAGCAGAUGAUAAUUUACUAUCUAUAUUCAUGGAUGAAAAUAUACAGAAAGAUAGUUUAUCAUCAUCAAAAUUUCAGGAUUUAGAAUCCGACCUUCUUAUGCGGAUGGAAAGUACAAAAUCAACUUUAAUGUUGGAAAAGGACCAUGAAGAAAUUAAAGAUACCCAUGAUAUGGGAGAUCAUUCUGAAAAUGGUGAGUUACUAGUUCUAGUUCCAAAAGUUGGAAUGAUGUUUAACUCUGAAGAAGAAGUCUACAGUUUUUAUAUAAGAUAUGCUCAAAAAGAAGGGUUUGGAAUAACAAAAUCAAGGACGAAAAAUGGUGUGGAUGGAAAUUUAAAGUAUUAUUCGCUUGCAUGUGUUAGAGCUGGUAAAAGAAUAUCUACUGCAAAGAAUUCUUUUAUUCCAAGACCAUCAAUUAAAAAUAGUUGCAAGGCUAAAAUUAAUAUAAUUAUUGGUAGUGGUCAAAAGUUUUCUAUUUCAAGUGUUUUUCUAGAUCAUAAUCAUCAACUUAGUCCACAAAAAUCAAGAUUAUUCAGAUGCAAUAAGAACAUAGACGAAUAUGUAAGGCGAAGACUUGAAGUCAAUGACCAGGCCGACAUAAGUUUGAAUAAGAACUUUCAUUCAUUAGCUCUUGAAGUCGGAGGAUAUGAAAAUUUGAUGUGUACGGAGAAAGAUUGUAGAAAUUACAUUUCUAAGGCAAGAGAAAUUAGACUUGGAGUCGGAGAUGCAAAAGCAUUUCGUAACUAUUUUUCUCGCAUGCAAAUGAGGAACCCAAGCUUCUUUUAUGUGAUCGAUAUGGAUGAGGACAGACGGUUAAAAAAUGUUUUUUGGGCUGAUGCACGAUCUAUAGCUGCUUAUGAAUCUUUUGGUGAUGUAAUAUCGUUUGAUUCAACAUAUUUGACUAAUAAAUAUGACAUGCCAUUUGCUCCCUUUGUAGGAGUUAAUCAUCAUGGUCAUACAAUUCUAUUUGGAUGUGGCUUGUUGUCAAGUGAAGAUACAGAAACCUAUAUUUGGUUGUUUAAAUCGUGGUUGGAAUGCAUGUCAAAUCGAGCUCCAAAAGCAAUCAUUACAGACCAAUGCAAGGCUAUGAAAGCAGCAAUAAAAAAGGUAUUUCCUAAUUCAUAUCACCGACUUUGCCUUUGGCAUAUCAUGAGAAAAAUUCCUGAAAAGUUAGGAGGAUUAGCUGAAUAUAAGACAAUCAAGAAAAUUAUGAAAAGUGCAGUAUAUGAAUCUGUGGAAAUUGAAGAAUUUGAAAUGGCUUGGGGAAAAAUGAUAAAUGAUUUCAGUCUUGAACAUAAUGAGUGGUUAAAAUCAUUAUUUAUAGACCGUUCUUGUUGGGUUCCGGUGUAUGUUAAAAGAAUUUUUUGGGCUGGAAUGUCCACAACUCAGCGUAGUGAAAGCAUUAAUGCUUUUUUUGAUGGUUAUGUUGGCCCCACGACUUCUUUAAAACAAUUUGUUGAGCAAUAUGAUCAUGCAUUGAAGAGUAAGAUUGAAAAGGAACAUAAAGCAGACUUUGCUUCUUUGAACUCAAACAUUCCAACAAUAACUGAUUGUCAUUUUGAGAAGCAAUUUAGAGAUGCUUAUACCAAUGAAAUUUUUAAACUCUUUCAAGAUGAGUUAAGGGGAAUGAUAUAUUGUAACCAUAUUUUUUCCAAAUUAGAGGGAUCGGUGUCUUCUUAUAAGGUAUCAGACAUUUUCAGAGGUAAAGAUGGAAAUCUUCGAAAGCAAGUGGUUUACAAUGUGGAUUAUGAUGAUGAUACCAUUAGUGUCAAAUGCUCAUGCCAACUAUUUGAGUUUCGUGGAAUUAUUUAUAAACAUAUUGCAAAGAUCCUCAUUGAAAAGAAUGUGAAAGAGAUUCCAUCUAAUUAUAUUUUACAGCGGUGGAGAAAGGAUGCCGCGGAGCUUGCAAUGGAUUCAACUGAGAAGUGUGAAUUUUUGAUGAAUCACAUAGAUGAAGGAAUUAAAAAACUUAUGGAUGACUCCAAAAAGGCAACGUCGAAGGAGAUAAUAGAUAGUGAUGAACCAAAUGAAAAUUUAGAUGAUAAGCUGCUUACUCCUUUGAAAGCACGGACAAAAGGUCGUCCUCCAUCAAAAAGAAAAGAAUCAAAAGUAGAGCGAAUAGUGAAAAAACAACGAAAAAAGAAAAAUGAGCAAAGUCAGAAUAUCUCAGAUGUUUCAAAAAAGCGAAAGAUUUGUAAAACAUUUGACGAUGCAAGGAACCAAAACGAUAUAUCUCCAAAUAUAUUAAUGUCACAAGCAAGUGAAUCUAGUGCUCAAAAGAGUCAAGAGUACAUGAUGCAGGGGACAAAUUCGUCAGUUGGUUAUGAGUUUCGUUUUGUUGGACAAGAAGAUGAAAUUUGGUGA